GUGCGUUGCAGAUCGAUUGAGUGUGGGAAGGAAGCUGGCCGGGCGUAGUUUCUGGAGAAGAUCUUGAAUCUGACAGUAGUGGCGAGUCAUUAGCUGUUUUGGAUGCCCCAUUCCAACAGGCUGGAAUUUUGAGGGCUAGCAGUUUACAGGGCAUAAUAGUCGCAGGAGAAGCGCCCGAGUCGGACAAGGAAAGCCCGGGUAAUAUUCUUUGAACCGGGUACUGUGAGCAGCCUCAGUAGUGCUGCCAGUAUUUCUUCAGAAUCUUCGCUGACAGCAGAUGUGAAGGAAGGAUAUAAGGGAAAGAAAUCGGAAAGCAAAUACAACUCAUUGCUGCAUAAAAAAAUUGCGUUAAAAAUUGCCAGAUUUCAUUCUAAGAACAUCAACGAGAGAAACUUAUAAGGAGACUGCAGUCAUGAGAUCGAUGGAACACUGAAACCGUGCGGUCAGCCGACUCCGAUCAUGGUUGUACGUGUACGUGGUUAUCCUGUCGGAACACCGCCACGAACUAGAGCACCGCUAGAUGAAAGCUGCAAUGGAACCAUCCAUUGGAUGACUACUUUUAAUGUAUGGCACUUCCCAGUUUGGCAGUACUCUAGAAAAUGCGUUAAAGAAUGUCCUAUUUACAACUCUAUGCUCCGUGAUUCCAAAGGAGAACAUAAAAUUGUCUACGAGCAACAGUUUUUUAUUCCUGUGUGCGAUGAAGGAGGUAGAGAACAACUGAUAAGGACUGAUCUGAAUGGUGAUAGUGAACAGGAAGAGAUUCUUAUAACAAAUAAUGGAUAUGUAGGACCUGGUGGGUAUGUAGUAGAUGAUAGGUUUGCAGGACCUAGUGAAACUGAUGGAGAAGAGGAAUAUGUAUGGAUUGAAGUAUCUCUUGAGGAUGAUGAGGAAGAUGGUUCUGUAGAAGCUGAUGGAGCUGCAGAAGCUAGGGGCACUGCAAGAGCAGGGCAAGUUCGACCUAGUGGUGAUACAGGUGGCACAGCAGCAGGAACAAGUUCAAGAGGGUACAAGUCAGAAGGAAGAGGCGGAGGAGCAGGAACAGCAGCAGCACGUCGUCCACCAGAAGCUAACAGAUCCCCAAAAGUAGAACGUAGAGGAUCCUGCAUGCACAUAGCUACCCAUCCUCCUGUCGCUAACCAAUUUGCAAAUGCUACAAGUUCACCAGACACAGCACUGUCCCAGUCAAAUACUUCUUCACCCGAAGAACUGCCAGAAGCUAAACCUAUUCCACUCGGUCCACAGCCGUCUACAGGAAAUAGACCACUGGCAGUAGUUGCCCCUGUGAAUGCCGAUUAUAAUCUCGCAGUGCCACACGCAGGUCACCAUCGCCGUCAUCACCACCGUCGCUGUCAUCAUCGUAACAGUGCAGUAGGCAAUGGUAAUUUAACAACCACUGAUAACUCACGUGGGAGAACCGAUGUCAAUGCCACUGCCACCAGGGACAACAGUCAGUGGAUUGAGAUAAUCACCAUCCGGGCAGCUAAGGAAGAAGUCGUAGGAAGCGCCAGUGGCCCGAGUGCCACCAUCCCCAGGAGCGCCAGUGGUCAGAGCACCACAGUCCCCAGGAGCGCCAGUGGCCUGAGCACCACAGUCCCCGGGAGCGCCACAGUCCCCGGGAGCGCCAGUGGCCCGAGCGCCACCGUCCCCGGGAGCGCCACAGUCCCCGGGAGCGGCAGUGGCCCGAGCGCCACCCUCCCCGGGAGCAGCAGUGGCCCGAGCGCCACCGUCCCCGGGAGCGCCACAGUCCCCGGGAGCGGCAGUGGCCCGAGCGCCACCCUCCCCGGGAGCAGCAGUGGCCCGAGCGCCACCGUCCCCGGGAGUGACAGUGGGCCUAGUGCCACCGUCCCCAGAAACACCAAUGUCCCACGUGUCACCCUUUCUGGAAAUGCUAGUGGAGCAGGCACCAACACUGUCAUCAGAAAUGCAAAUCCGACCACUGUCAUCAGAAAAGCAAAUACGACAACGGUUAUCAGAAAAGCAAGUGGCACCACCGCUGGAAAUACAAGUGGCCAGAGUGCAGCCACUUCUGAAGACAGUAGCGCCGAAGACAGUAGCGCCGAAGACAGUAGCGCCGAAGACAGUAGCACCGAAGACAGUAGCGCCGAAGACAGUAGCGCCGAAGACAGUAGUGCCGAAGACAGUAGCACUGAAGACAGUAGCGAAGAAAUCGUUCUUUGCCCAAAAUGUUUUAAUUUAGAGACAUUUAACAAAUAUUUUUAUUUUAUUGGUCCCGGCACUGUUACACUUCGACCUGGCAAAAGAAUUAUUGAGGCAGACGACACUAAAGAGUCCAAGUGCGAAAGAGGAAAUAUGAGAGGUGACAAUUCCAGACGUAGCAACGUCACUCCCGCUAACACUAGUUACGAGAAAGGCAAGGUUAUUUAUACCAGCGUCAUUGUUUCUCCUAAGGGGGAAUCUUCCAGAUGGGAGUCCAUUUCCCGUGAGAGAAAUAAAAGGGAUAAUUUAUGUCUUGAGGAUAGGGUUGCAAAACGCAAGAAGUUGUAAUCCACUGCAGUUUUCAUUUUGACUGUAUGGAAAAUAAAAGCAUUGAAUACAAUUAGUUUGUAUUAAUCUAUCUAGAGAAUAAGUGAUUGAAUGUGCUCACAAGUGGUCCAAUAUGUUAGAUAUUACCUUAACUGUCUGUUCUAUCAGUUCUUGAAGGAAUAUUUUAUGUAUUAUGAUUGUAGGCACACACAACAUUUAUGUAAUAUUCUACAGUAUUUAUUAUUUAUUUCAUAAACCAGUUUUUGCGUGUUAUAUUAUCAUUGGCUACAAAGAUAAGAUUGUGAGGCAGUGAAAUUUUACCUAAAACAAAUUAAAAUAGUAUGAGUAAGAGGAGUAAUUUUCAGCAUGGCCUUGGUGGGAUUAUGAGUAUCAGCAGUUAAAGUGACAAAUCAGGGAGCUAUGUCUGUUCAUUCAGUAUUAAGCUUGGGCAGAUGAGCAUAUGUAUAUUAAUUUCCAUUGUUUCAAUGUAGUUCAUCUUCCUUCCUUUAUGGAUGUGAUGUAAUACUUCAUGUUGCACAUUGUAACUAGGGCCUUCUUUAAGCAGGUGGUCUGCACAAGUGGAAUCUCCUGUUUCAAGUUUUCAGCUCCUGUGGUAUUUCUUCAAACGAGUGCACAUUGCCUUGUCAGAGUGACCUACGUAGAAUUUGCUACAAUCACAAGUAAUUUUAUAUGUUCUGCACUCUUUUGCAAAACUGAAGUGUUGUCGUUCUGUCUUUACCAGGAAGUGUUGUCGUGCUGUCUUUACCAUUGGCAAAAAGUGUCUAACAGUGUUGUGUGCAUAAAAUGACUUUUUAAGUUCCUGGAUUUAAGCUUUAUGACUACAUUCAGUGAGAGUUUCCCUAAAUAUAGAAUCGUGCACCAUUUGUUGUGUUCUUGAGGUGGUGAGUUGAGAACAGGGUAAAGAAGAAACUGUGCCAUGUCACAAGGCCGGGAGUGUGAGGGAGUGGUUCGAGGAACAUGGUGGCGAGUUCCAGUUGAUGUGCUGGACCCCUAACUGGCCAGAUCUGAACCUGAUCGAACACAUCUGGGUUGUGAUUGAACAACGUGGCGCGAGAGCUCAUUGUGCUGCCUCCUCCCCUCCCCCAUCCCUCCCCAGAAUUUAUGGAAAUUAGGUCUAUCAUGGCCUCAUGGCUCCCAUGCCGUGAUGCUUCAUCAUUGUUAUCUGUGCUAAAGGAGUGUAUGUCUGGUCUUGUAGCUGUCAUUAUAUACAUCAAACAAUCGGUUAAUUCUCUGUGCAGUCUGUUUCCAACUGUGUCACCACAAGUGUUUUCACUGGGUUUGAUUUCCAUCGGUCUUUUACAGUAAAUCCUUCCCAUGUUAAUUCUUUUCAGUAAGUAUUCAAGGUAAACAUGUUGACUAAAACAUUUUGUCAUGGUUCCCCUGUAUAUUGCUAAGGAAUAAUUUUGGUCCCCCAAGUUCUCACAUUCAAAAGUUUUACUUCUUCUCAAUAUUGGUGAAUUUCCUUCUAUGAUUCCCAGCAAUUACAUCAUCUAGAUACAGUAUCAAGUAAUUAGUAUAAUAAUCAGUGCUUUCAACAUAGAGAUAUCUGUCAACUUAGGAUUGUUGAAAUCUAAUUUCCAUCAGAAAUUGUCAAAUGUGGAGUUAUAAGUUUGUGGUGCCUGCCUCAGUCCAUAUAAAGUUUUAUUUAGUUUGCACACAAGUCCUUCCUUAAUCUAUAUAUCAUGAGGAAAUUCCAUAUAAAUUUCUUCAGUCAGUUCUCCAUGCAGGAAUGCAUUGUGUACAUUCAUUUGUUCCAUAAACAUGUUCGUUUACCACACUAAGAAAAAUUCUCAUCCUGUGGAGUAUAUGUCCUCUCAUGGUCACAUACUUUUACCUGAGCACACCCUUUGAUAACUAAAUGUCCUUAUAGUCUACAUUUUGAUAUUUCCAGAUGCAAGUCUUUUUACUCUGAAAUCCACUUACUGUCAAUGUCUCUUAUUUGCUGGAAUUGGUAUCUAAGUCCAAGUUCCAAUGCUGUCCAGUUGUUUCUUUCAAGAAAAAGAAAAAUUAAUUUUACAGUACUUGGGGCCCAUACAACUUUGGUCAGUGGUUCAAUGCUGCCUUUUUGCAGCCUCUGAUCUUGUUCCUGCUUUUGCCACACAAAACUUAUAGUUUCAUGUUUCAGUCUUCCUUUAUUAUUUUUGUCCAUUCAUCUUCUUCAUAUUGAUAUUGCACGCAUUAAAAUGGGAAAUCCUACCCCACCCACAGUAUUCCUCUGAUUACAAUUGUUUUCGAUCAGCGGCACACAACCUGGCUGACCACUCUUCUGGUCACAUAAACAAGGAGAAAAUUCAGUCUAGGUGCGCAUGUGUCAUUGUCAAUCUAGAACCUACAUACUCAAAAACUUGAGCCAUUACAUAUUUUUUGUGUAGAUCUGUGCACCACAAAUCAGUUAUCUGCAGAUGAACAGCUGCUUGUCUUCAGUGUUUGUUUUAAAUGUCAGAUUCUAGUAAUUUGUACACAUUUAGAUGACAUACUGAAAUCUAGCAACCCACACAUGUGUGAGGAAGAAUAAGGAUGAUUUAGUGGCAAUUGCGAGUAGAGAUGACACAGACAUGAUGUUUGCUUUCAAAUACUUGGGGUCACUAUAUUUUCUAUUGAAGUGAGGCACCACUUGAUAGCACAUUCAUAUGUAGAAAAAAAUUCCAUGGAAUCAAACCUGAUUAAGAUUCAUAUGUGUAAGAAGGUGUAUGCAGCUGCAAGAUUUCAUGCAAUUGUAGAUAGGCUAGCAGCACUUUACCUAGUUAUGUUUGGUUGAUCCCAUGUGGCUUCACAAAGAUUCAUGUAAUAUGUAGUUGUUUUGUCAAUUGAAAUGGAAAGCAUUCUAACUGUAGUUAAGAUAUUCUACCAGAAGUCAGAAAUUGAUGACACACAGUGUUACAGUGGCUAAAGAUCCUGCCAUUUAAACAUUACUUUAGAAGCAAAAAUAAACCUCUACUAGAUUCCAAAUCCUGGUGGCCACUGUUUUAGACCAUAAAGUAUGAACUCAUACCAUGUUUGAUGUUUAGUAUGGUCAUACUGUUCUUUUGAAAGUACCCUACUACCUAAACGAAAGUCUUUAUAUAAUGGAGUGUAGGUUUUUGCUUGUAGUUAGUAUGUUGCAAUAUAUCUGUGUUGUGGAAACAAAUCUUAAACUGGUGGAAAUUUACGCAGAUAUGAUUUGUCCAAUAUAUAGUUCUGAUUAAAAAACAAAUACUAUAAUGCUCUCUCACAUAAACUUGAAAUCAUGAUCUCUACAUGCAAAAGUGUGCUUAGAGUAUUAAUUGUGGUACCACUUGUGUAUUUUAUGUAAGUAGUCAGUCAAAUUUUAUGAAAUAUUGCAUUUUGAUGGUAGGCAAUAAAAACCUCAUAACUCUGUUAUCAGAGAGAGAUUUGAAAGUGCAUGGAUUUCUCUAAUCUGUCAGUAGCUAGGUUUCUACUAUAUAGUUACAUAUGUUGCAACAUUAUGUGUAUGACUAAAUAUAUAAAUAAACCAUUUUUGCUUCUCCUGUAAAGUUUAACAAAAUGGAGUUAAAGAGAUUUUCAUUGCCUACCAUAAAUUUGUUACUGAGAUGGAGGGCUAGGUAUAAAUUCUUCCCAGGUCUCAGCAAAUAAUUAUGGUUUCUUAUUGCACUGAAACCAUCGAAACAGAAAGGAACAGCAGAAAAAUGCUUCUUAUGAAGGAUAUACAAAAUGUGGCAUAUUCUUUAACAAACUAGCUGACUUGGACCAAUGCGAGCAAAUGAUUUCUCUGUUCUACAAAAAAGUGUUAUAUAUUAAAAAUGUUUUUUAUUGGUUAUUGGUAAUAUAUACAAAUUUUUUAAGUCUAUGAAACCUUAUGUUUUGGUGUUCAGUUGUACAGGCAAUGCAAUGAAGAGAAUUUAGUGUGAUGCAACAUACUUUUCAGAUGUAGCACAAUACAUAUUUCUCUAUGAAAAAUAACGUAGUUUUAGUUAAUAAUUGUGAAUUCUGCUGUUUCAUAUGCAAAAUCAACUGUAAUGCAAGUAACACAUAUAUUCAAGAGUGGAAGGACUGUAAUUUCAAAUUAUAUAAACAUAUUGCUGUGAAAUUUCAUAGUUGUAACCCCUGUCGUGAUCUUGAUUAAAUGUUUAGUGAAACUUUAAAUUUCUCCAGAACAGUUCGUCAAAUAGUAACAUGCUCUGUAUAGUAAACAGCUACUGGUAAUUAAAUAAUUGAGCAGUUCUGAAA